AUGGUGGACCCAUUUGAAGUGCGCGUGCGCUUCAGCUCACAGCUUCAGAAUCUGAAUGCUUCCGUCACCUCAGCUCAAAAAGCUGCCGCCUACGCGAUGAAACGACAGCCUCAAACUCCUGUGAACACACGGGCCAAUAUCAUGUAUUUCAUCGAACAUUUUCUUGAACAUGCCAGCAAGAAUGGACAUGCCAAUUAUGUUCGUAUGCUUCAACGCGACAUUAUCAGGGUUGUCGAUGCUGUAGCACCCGAGGAUGGCUCCGGCGCAGCGAACGUCAAAGUAGUCCGCAAGGUUCUCCAUGGUCUGCAAAAGAAAGACUUUCUCGAGUCUCAGGCUGUCACUGAGAUUGAGGAGGUUCUGAAAGAGCGGGAAGCCGCCCAUGAUAUCAGCCUCUCGUCCCCCCCGAGUGGUGAGGGAGACAUGGGCGAUAUGCCACCGUCGCAGACUAUUCCCAAGGCUGGCCGCAGUCGGGUCAGUGCCCAAAAACUUGACAAGAAACAAAUCGAGCAGCGUAUCGAGGAGGACAGAGAGCGCCACAAGCGGCUGAGGGAAAAUAUCUGGGCUGUUCCGAGAGGUAGCGAUGCCGAGAUGUGGAAAUUGUGGGAUGAAACCAGUGACCUUGGCGAAGAUGAUCACAUCAUGGGACAAGAAGAGUUGAUUGAGCGUGAGCGGUGUCUCCGGAUGAGUUGCUCUCACCGCGAGACUGACCAUGCGGCUAACGGGAGGCAAUCGCACUGA